CGCGUCUUUCCACUUCGCAGUCGCCGCCGCUGUCGCCGUUGCCGCCCGCACCCCCCCUCCGGUCUGUGGUGCAGCCGGGACCCAGGACCAUGUCGCUGUCGCGCUCGGAGGAGAUGCACCGGCUCACGGAAAAUGUCUACAAGACCAUCAUGGAGCAGUUCAAUCCCAGCCUGCGGAACUUCAUCGCCAUGGGGAAGAACUACGAGAAGGCUCUGGCAGGUGUGACCUACGCUGCCAAAGGCUACUUCGAUGCCCUGGUGAAGAUGGGGGAGCUGGCCAGCGAGAGCCAGGGCUCCAAAGAACUUGGAGACGUUCUCUUCCAGAUGGCUGAAGUCCACAGGCAGAUCCAAAAUCAGUUGGAAGAAAUGCUGAAGUCUUUUCACAACGAGCUGCUCACACAGCUGGAGCAGAAGGUGGAGCUGGACUCCAGGUACCUGAGUGCCGCGCUGAAGAAAUACCAGACGGAGCAGAGGAGCAAGGGUGACGCCCUGGACAAGUGUCAGGCCGAGCUGAAGAAGCUCCGCAAGAAGAGCCAGGGCAGCAAGAACCCACAGAAGUACUCGGACAAGGAGCUGCAGUACAUCGACGCCAUCAGCAACAAGCAAGGGGAGCUGGAGAGCUAUGUGUCCGACGGCUACAAGACUGCCCUCACUGAGGAGCGCAGGAGGUUCUGCUUCCUGGUGGAGAAGCAGUGUGCCGUGGCCAAGAACUCUGCCGCCUACCACUCCAAGGGCAAGGAGCUGCUGGCCCAGAAGCUGCCGCUGUGGCAGCAGGCCUGCGCCGACCCCAACAAGAUUCCGGACCGUGCUGUCCAGCUGAUGCAGCAGAUGGCCAACAGCAAUGGCUCCAUCCUCCCCAGUGCCCUGUCGGCCUCCAAGUCCAACCUGGUCAUCUCAGACCCCAUUCCGGGAGCCAAGCCCCUUCCGGUACCUCCUGAACUGGCACCAUUUGUGGGGCGGAUGUCUGCGCAGGAGAACACACCCAUCAUGAACGGCGUCGCAGGCCCGGACAGCGAGGACUACAACCCCUGGGCUGACCCCAAGGCUGCCCAGCCCAAGUCCCUGUCUCCCCCACAGUCUCAGAGCAAGCUGAGUGACUCGUAUUCCAACACACUCCCCGUGCGCAAGAGCGUGACCCCGAAAAACAGCUAUGCCACCACCGAGAACAAGACUCUGCCCCGCUCGAGCUCCAUGGCGGCCGGCCUGGAGCGCAAUGGCCGUAUGCGGGUGAAGGCCAUUUUCUCUCACGCGGCUGGGGACAACAGCACCCUGCUGAGCUUCAAGGAGGGUGACCUCAUCACCCUGCUGGUGCCUGAGGCCCGUGACGGCUGGCACUAUGGCGAGAGUGAGAAGACCAAGAUGCGGGGCUGGUUUCCCUUCUCCUACACCCGCGUCCUGGACAGCGACGGUAGUGACAGGUUGCACAUGAGCCUGCAGCAGGGAAAGAGCAGCAGCACCGGCAACCUGCUGGACAAGGAGGACCUGGCUGUGCCGCCGCCCGACUACGCUACGUCCUCCCGGGCCUUCCCCGCCCAGGCGGCCAGCACCUUCAAGCAGAGGCCCUAUAGCGUGGCCGUGCCUGCCUUCGCCCAGGGUCUGGAUGACUACGGGGCGCGGUCCGUGAGCAGGAACCCCUUCGCCAGUGUGCAGCUGAAGCCGACAGUGACCAACGACAGGUCUGCUCCCCUUCUCAGCUGACAGCCACGUCUGCAUCGCUGCCUGCCCUCCCUGACUCCCACCUGCCUGGCUUGGCCCUUACUUCAGUCUGGCCCGGCUGGAUCCCGGCCGCUCUUGGGGAGGUGGCACCUGGGCAGGGGGCAGGAGGGGUGGCCCCUGAGAGGCUGAGACCUGCUGGCUCGGCCACCGGUGUGGCAGAGGAGGGCUGUCCUGUCUGGGGGCACAUGCCUCUGGUCAUGGGGGCCAAGGACCCCUGGGUACAGGGGAGGAAGUUCCCUCAGCUCGUAGCUGGAAGGGGAGCCCGGCCCCCAUGCUACUUUUAGCUCCCAUGUGUCUGGCAAUAA